CGCGAACCUUCCCGUAAAGUUGCGUGCCCAAGGCUGCUGACCACUGACUCUGGCUGGAUUGGGUGACACAGAAAGAUCGUCCUGUGAUAAUUCCGAUGAAGAAAUCGUAUUAAUUCCGAACGCCCGUCCUAAAUAUCUCUUGAAGCUCUCUCGAGCUUCUCGAGGAUUCCACACUUCAUCUUGCAGAUAAAGUCUUUUGCGAUGGGUUCCGCAGUGAUUCGCUUCUUGCCGCUCUUUGGCCUUGCUCUCCUCAAAGUCCCUACCAGCAGUGCGCUUUCGAUUGAUAAAGAAGUUAUCACUGCGGACGUAUGCAUUAUCGGAGGUGGAUCGACCGGAACAUACGCCGGUGUCAAACUCAAGGAUGAAGGCAAAAAGGUAGCCAUCGUCGAGCGCAACGAUUAUCUUGGCGGGCAUAUCGGAACGUUAUACGUGGAUGGCGAGCCCGUCGACUACGGCGUUCAGGGUUUCUUCAACACCGAAACAACGACGAAGUACCUAAAUCGGCUCAAUGUACAAUAUGAGCCCCUUUUACCCGCAACACUCGACAACAGAUACGUUGACUUUCGAACGGGAAAGACAGCGCCGUAUGAUGGGAACGUUGUCAACAUAACGGCGACCCUGCUGUUAUAUUCUGCGGUGGUUUCGAAAUUCGAGGGGAUCGCAGAUGGAAGCUUCAACCUGCCCGACCAGGUUCCAGAUGAACUCUUGAUGCCUUUCGGUCAAUUCGUCCAGAGGUACCACUUGGAGGGCGCCCUACCCCUGGUUUGGACAUUCGCUCACGGCUCUGGCAACAUGCUGACCGCUCCCACCCUAUAUGUGCUCCAGCUUUUCGGACAGCCGCAUGUCAACGCGCUCCUGCGAGGCUACGUCCGGGCAAAACGUGGAACUGCCGAGGUUUAUAAAAAAGCUGCUGAGGUCCUCGGGUCAGAUGUCAUCUACAACAGCCAAAUCCUAAAGGUGACACGUUCUGACAGCGGGGUCACAGUUGUUGUACGUAUGAAAGAUGACAAGUUCAAGCAGAUCCGCGCCAAGAAGCUGCUGGUCACGAUGGUUCCCACUCUUCGCAAUCUCGAUCCCUUUGAUCUCGACCAGAAAGAGGAGUCUGUCUUUCGGCAGUGGAUGUGGAAGAAUUACUACGUCGGCAUCGUGAAGAACAGCGGCCUCCCGGAGAAGGCAAGCAUCGUUGAUGUGGACCCAACAAAGGCUGCUUCCCUUCCACAUAUGCCUUUUGUCUGGCACUUGGAUUAUAUGGGAGUCCCCGGGUAUCACGCCGUCAAGAUCGUAGGAGACUCGGAGUUCACGGAGUCCGAGGCCAAGGACCUCGUCCUCGGUGGUAUCAGGCGUAUGGGUGCUGCAGGAACUUUUCCAAUCUCAAAUCCCGAGCUUGCCACUUGGAGACGUCACAUCCCAUUAACCCUCGCUGUUUCGAAUGAAGCGGUGAAGGGCGGAUUCUACAGAGAUCUGUAUGCAUUGCAAGGCCACAAGAACACUUUCUAUACGGGUCUUUCGUUUUGUUCGGAUUAUUCAACGUUGCUUUGGGAUUUCACGAACAAAGUGCUCGAGCAGAUGGACGUAUGAGAGCCGGGAAGGAUGAAGCGGACCGGGGCGUGGAAUGCGUUUUGCGAUCUCUCAUUGCGUCUUUGGUUAAGUCUUUGGAAUUAUUUCCAAAGAGUUAGGUUUGCUAGUGUGAAGUUACGUUAGUGACUCUGGAAACAGGCGAAUGCAUGAGCAGAUAUAGAAACCUGUCGAUGCCCUUUUUUUUUUUUUUUCUAAUUUCUUUUUUUAUCUUUUUGGCGCGUUUCGGUCUAUGCCAGCUUCUUGUU